AUUUCCGUUUCUUUUUUCGGAAAACGCUGAAAAGACUACCACAAGCAAGUUUAACAACGCUCUGCACUCGAAACUCGUGCUAAAGGAGAGUUUCAAGGAGUGAAGGAACAUCAUGUGGAAUGGUUCGAGGCCUGGGCCGCGAGGAGGGAUGCCCUAUCGUGGGGAACCUCGUGGUGGCAUGUUUGAAGGCAGAGAUGGUACAAGAGCUGACUUCAGAGGUCGAGAUGAGAUGAAUAUGGACAGGCCACCCAUGGACAUGAGGCGGUUUGACAGCCCACCAGAUAUGAGAGGACGAGACAGGGGUCUUCUUGACCGAGGACGGGAGCCAUCCAGAGACUUCUUCAGGCCUGAAGGUGACAUGGAUAUACAUUUUAGAAGACGCUUUGAAAUGGAUCAGAGAAACAACCUACAGAAUUCUCAAGGCUUUAUUGGGCAGUCUAGAACACCCAUGGAAAUGGGCAAAAGAGACAUUCAGGUAGGUAAUAUGAGGGGCCCAGAUGAUGGAUACAUGAAUAUAAGAGAGAGGGACAGGUUUGAAAUGGAUAUGCCAGGGCAUCCCCCCCUGGAUAUCAGGAGAAGACUUGCCAUGGUGGCAAUGGGGGGAAAUGAAGAUCUUGGGGACUUAAGAGAGAGGGACAGGCCAUGGAUGGGUGACAUAGAUGGAUUCAGCAUGGAUAUGCCUCCAAUAGACAGACCAGUGAUGGAUUUUGAAAGGCGGGGAACAGCCCCACCUCUUAAUCCAAGGGGAAGGUUUGACUCCGAUAUGGAUAUGAGAAGCCGUAUGAGAUCCUCCAACGAUUUUAGGGACCAGCCGCCUCAGAUGUUCAGAGAUGAUGAUGGCAUUCCAAUGGAUGGCAGGGGAAGACCUGAUGUGCCUUUAGGUUGUGGGGGCCCAAAAUCCAUAAUAAGAGCUGAAGAUCUGACCCUCAGGGACAGGGAAUUCCCAGAGCCGAUGGACAGCCACAUGGGCUUCCGAGGGAGAGAAAAUGAAACACACUCCGAUGAGUGGCGCAAGCUUGGUAUCAGAGACCGAGACACACUUCCGCCAAUGAUGACCAGGACACCUCCCCUAUUCCCGAGAGAUAUACAAGAAAGGUUUUUUCCUAAUCAUGGAAAAAAAGGAGACUUGGGUGAGCGUUCUCAGUUCAAAGACCUAGACAGGCAGUCUGCUGGGUUUCUGGGAAAAGACAGCCCUGGCCUUCCUCGAUCCGAAAGAGGUUCCAAGUCCCAAAACUGGGACAAAAAUGGCAGAGAUCCAGCACAGGGGAAUCAGAAGCCCCCUCUCCUUCCAUUGGAUCCCCCUAUAAAUGCACAAAGCAGAGAAGGUGAUAAACUCUGGCCAAGUGGCCGAGAUGAAAAACCUGAGAAAAUUGUUCCAACAGGUUGUAGAUCUCCCUUUUUCCAAGACAAGAACCAGCCAAAUCAAGAGCAUCGUUUGGCAGAUCGAGUGAGCUUUAAGGGAUCCAGUGACAUCAAUCCAGAUCAAGGACCACAGAGAGAAAGUUUGAUAACUGGGCCGAAGGAACCUCAGAGUAAAAGAGGAGAGCGACUGGAUCAGGAUUACAGGGACAUUGAUUAUCGGACCAGCUCAGGACAGAAAUAUGAUUACAAGCUACCUGAUCUUCAAGGGCCUGAGAAAGAUGUGAGAGAAUCUAAACUAAGCCCACCUCGAAGAUCAGAUGACUCCGGUUCUCAGGACCAGGAUUACAGGAGUGCAGGUAUCCAGGAUAAAGUCACAAAAACCAUUGCCAUCUCUGGAAUUCCUAAAACUGCCACAAUGCAACAGAUUCUGGAUGCGUUUGCAGUCCGCGAUGGAGUGCCUAUGCAGGGGAUGAAAAUAAGGGAUGUUGUGCCAGGUUACAGCUACGAUACGGCCUAUGUGGAGUUUUUAAACCUCGAGGAUGCUGUCCACUUCAUGGAGUCCAACCAGGGGUCUGUUAAGGUUGGUGACAAGACUGCUCUACUGAAAUAUAUCCAGCCUGACAAAAACAUAAAAGAACAGCAUCAUGAACCACCAAUUAACGCUGCCCCAGUCAGCGAGGUCGGUUUGUUACCAAAUCCAGUCCCGCCACACAGCGUAAAGGAGGAACCCCUUGCCAAGCCUGUGCAGGACCCCGUCUCUCAAGGUGUGUGGCAGAGGAGCUCCAACUUAACACCUGAAGCAUGGCAACAACAAGUGGACCGACAGUUACAACAGCAGGAGGCUGAGCAACAUGCUGAGGAACGGGGCAAUCAGAGGUCCUCGCGUCAAAACCAGCAUCACUCUGAUCCAGUUUUCAAGGAGAGCAAAACGAUGAUCAUUAAGAACAUACUGCCCACCACCACUGUGGAGACCAUACUGAAGACACUUGAUCCAUUUGCUUACCUGGAUGAGCGUAACGUCCGUCUCGUCAAAGGGAAGUCACCUGGAUCCAAGUGCUUCUGCUUUGUCGAUAUGGACUCGCAUGAGCAUGUUACCCGAUUGGUUGAGCUGUUAACCAAACCCCGUCCAAUCAUGGUUGAUGGGGUCAGAGUAUAUGCUGAGGUAGCAAAGCCUCUGAAGAACCAGAACUAUAGGAGGGACAAUGAUAAGUCAAACACUUCUCUCCUGGGAUUCCCUCCAGAUGUUAUGAUGCAACAACAUCAAUAUCAACAGCAGCAAUAUUAUCCUCCGCCUUCUCAUACAGCUAUGGGCAUUGCACCUGCCAUGCAAGGUGACCUGAUGGGAGUAGAUACCACCUUGUCCUCAGCUGCAAUGCUGAGUUCAAGCUUAACACAGGACAUGAUGUAUUCUGAGACAACAGCAAUGGUGCAGCCAGUCCAGACAGCAAAGCACCAGACUGCAGCUUUACCUGAACCUGCUCUCCCUGCACCACUCCCUGCAGACACCUCUGAUGCAUACAGCUAUGUUUCUGCCGGAUCUGAAGCUCCAGAUUUGUCUGCCUUCCUUUAUGAUGCUACAUCAGGCUUCUAUUACGACCCUCAGACAACCCUUUACUAUGAUCCAAACUCAAGGUAUUUCUACAAUGCUCAGAAUCAGCAGUACCUGUACUGGGAAAGUACCUCCAAGACCUACAUACCAGUCCAAAACUCUACUAUUGACGUUCAGGAGCCAGCUCCCAUUGUUAGUGUCCCCGUGGCAGCUGUUGGUGAGGUAAUUGCCACUGCCAUCACAGAGGAGGAAGUAAAGCAAGCUGUAGAGGCCGUGCCAGAGAUACGGGUGGAAGAGGAAACUACCCCACGAGCUGAAAAGAAAGAGAAGGAUAAGGAGGAGAAGCCCAAAAGUUUAGCAGCAUUUAAGAUAAUGAAAGACAUGGAGCGAUGGGCAAAAAUCCAGAACAAGCAGAAAGAUAGUGUUCGAGCUCCUUCCCCUGUCCUCAAAUGAGGAGAUGACCAAAAGCCUUCCAAGGCUGCUGAUGCAGCCUUUGCCAUAUUUGAAAGGAAGGUGGGUGGAGAAGAUUUAUUCAAGAAGCCUCUCACCCCUCUAAAGAAAGAGGAAAAGGCAUCAAAGCGCCCCAUGGGCUCUCUUGGAAUGUUGGCGGCCGACUAUGGGGCAGGCAGCGACGAAGAGGAAGAAGAGAAACACGAGAAGCAGGAAGCCCUGCUGCCCAUCAAAAACAAGUCACAGGCGGAGGAGAAGGAAGAUAGGCUGACAGACUGGAAGAAAAUGGCAUGUCUGCUGUGCAGAAGACAGUUCCCCAAUAAAGACGCUCUGAUCCGGCACCAACAGCUCUCAGACUUGCACAAGCAAAAUAUGGAGAUACACAUGAAAAUCAAAAAAUCUAAACGGGAGCUGGAGGCUUUAGAAAACCAGGAAAAAGAGUUGAAAAUGAAGGAGUCAAACGGUUCACCUGAAACAAAAAGAAGAAAGCAGCAAAACACAUGGGCUGGCAGCUCAAGGGGCAGUCAUAAAGGCAGUGAGAGACCAGGUUUAGGUUUAAACACUACUGAGCGGAAGAAAAAAGAGCCUGUCUGGGAUCAUGCAACAUACAAGCAGGCAGUUCGGAAGGCCAUGUUUGCACGUUUCAAUGAGCUGGACUGAAAGCAAAAGAAUGAACAAUUAAAUAAAGGAAUUUGUGAAUACACAGUGAUGAACUAUUCUGUUGGCAGCUCAUUCUAGGCUUAAUGAACUGAUGUAAUAUUGCUGUACAAGCAUAUUGUGACUUGCCCUUCAUUUUGUGGAUAUGGUGAUUUGUGCCUGUAUAAAAUUAAUUUACGCUUUCCUUUGUGAAUUCAUCAUGGUUUUUGUAGCAAAAUUUUUCAGGGCUUUUUAAAUAUUUCCUAAUUGGACAAUUUACAACAUUGUAUUAUGAUUUUUUUUUUUUUUUAUUUAGUAAAAUAUAUGUGCUAAUCACUGAAAUAUUUGAGCUUAACAAUACAUUACUGUACUCAAUAAACUUUCUCAAUGUG